AUAUCAUGUGACUGACAUCGUCGUGAUGGACUGUUGAUAUUGCCCCAUAAUAAAGGCACUAUUGCCACCGUAUAUUUUACUGCGUCAUCUAAACCAAGAAUCACAACAGAACAGACUAUGAAGUAUGGUGCAAGUGCAGAAUCUACAUGUCUGAUGUGAAGAUCUCAUAUCAUCUACCAAGAAGUUGUACUCUUGAAUCUGCUAUGAAUCGAGACAAGUGAAUUUGUGGAUAGCCGAGAUGAGUGCUUACAAUACAGACAUUCAAACUCCUCUCUUUGGGGAAACACAGACAUGGGAGCGGGUGGUGAACCUUAUAGUUGGUGUUGUCUUGGUUGUCAUAGUUACGGUUACUUUCAUAAGUGCAUUAGUCUUCCCUUCAUGGCCUCCGUUGCCAGUCAACAUUUUCUUCUCUAUCUGUAUAAUCUUCGUUUGCAUUGGAAAUAUACUGCUGAUUUACUGGUAUAGACAAGGAGAUGUGGAUCCCAAGUUCAGAUUGUUGAUUUACUACAACAGCUUCUGCGUGAUCGCUCUCUGUGUUGCUGCCAACCUCUACUUCCAUGAGGUAUCGUGAAAUUUGGAGUUUUACUUCUGUUUAGCCAUGGAAUACCUGAACUUAUGCAAACUCUAGUUACCAUGAAUUCUGACAUAAAUGCUGCUCUUAACAACAAAUAAGUUUAAGCUUUUUGAAGUUAUUCAAUGUCAAAAUGAAUUGAAUCAAGGUGUGGAAGAUGUGAAGAGGAUACUUCAGAGUGGCAUUUAUUUUCAUUUGCCACUUGACACCCAGGAGAGAUGAACUAUCAGGGACAUUAAGGUUGACAAAUCCAUCAAACCAGGGUGUAAAAAACACAGAAGUGUGCAACAUCUUUAUUUUGAUUAUAUGAUUAUUUGAAUGAAACAAUUAAAUGCAUAUUUUGCUUUUACUUUAGCUUUCAUUUUUUUUUUGCUUUUAUGCUCGGUCCACUCUUACUUAUCCCUGAAUUUAUAGGGAUUAUACAGACCCUUAGUUUUUCCCCAACAGAAUAUUACCAGUACAUUUACUUCAUUUAAAGUACGUUGUAAAACACACAUUUUUACAUAAAUUACAUGUAUGAUAACAGUCUAUUUUUUCUUUAUUCAGUUGGUAUGAAAAAUUGCUGUGAAAUAGUCGGUUCUAAUUCAGGUAAAUACUAUAGAUUUGAUUUUAAAAACAACUUCUUUUUCAAUUAUUUGUAGGAGUCUUAUGACCUUUUGAAAUGCAUUUAUAGUAAAAGAAGAGAUAAUUUUCAUUCAUUUGAUUUUUUUUUCAUGCUGAAUGUCGAUCAAAGUCAAGAAAUCCAAGCACUGGUGACAGUGGUCAGCAGUAGUUUGAAUAGGUUGAUGGGAGUGCUUGAAGAUGUGUUGGUUCUAUCAGUAUAAAUUACAUGAAUAUGUGGUUUUUUAAAGUGGAUUUAAUGUGUCAGUUAUCGAUAAAUCCAAAUAGUUUGAACCAUGCUCUGACAAUCAAUAAUGGCAUGCUAUAUCUCUUCAUGUAUGUCAGUUACACUUUGGAUUCGAGCAUAGAGGCCAAAUCUUUCAUUUCAAAUCACCAUAGAUUUAAAAAACCUAUAGCAGUGAGAUCUUUGUUCAUUAUUCUUCAAAUGUAUUCCUUUGAUGGAUUUUUUUGCCAAACCUGUAUUAGUAUACUUCUUCUUUUCUGCUUUGAUUGAUAUCAACUUAACAUCUGGAUGAAUUUCCCCCUUAAAACUUGCAUGUCUCAUUGAGCAAUAAGGAUUUUACUUAGCUAUAAAAGUAUCCUCUUUCACCAGUCAGAGAGACAAUGUAGUAGAGAAUACAAUAGAUUUUUGUCAAUUCACCUUUUUUUUACAAAGCUAUGGUACAUUGUUCAGACUCUAAUACAAGUAUGCAAUAUGGAGAUUCAUGUCAAUGUUUCAUUUGUAGAAAUGAGAUAUUAACAACAUACAUUUCAUUAUCUUGAUAGGAGUCAUUUGAUUUUAACCACUCAUAGUGACAGUUUAGCCUUGGUUCAAUUUUUUUUUUUGGGGGGGAUGAAAAAAAAAGGUUACUUAUAUUUCAGUUUUACUUCACUGGAUUUUAUUUAUGACCAGAUUAUUGAUUCGUUUUAACAUAAACCUCAUCUCUCAUUUGCUUUAUAUUUACUUAUUCUCCAUUUUCUUUUUAUUUCACUUCAGAUUUUAUUAUUAAACUUGUGUGCAUGAUUUUCUUUAAUUUGGAUGACAAAAAACUGUUAUCAAGUAUUAAAUUAUGACCCCUUGCACAAUUCUAGUUAUUGAUGUCCCUUAUGAUUUUUAUGCAGUAUGCACCCACACACAAUUAUUUUGCAAGAUUUCCUUUUAUCUCUUCUUUGUAACCCUCUGUGUCUCCAAAUAGUUUCACUAGAUCAACUGCAUAUUAUAAUGCGAGACAUAUAUUAUUAUGAAAGUAUAUUAUGUUACAAUAGAAUUGAAUUAGAAGUUGUACAUACAUGAAAAUAUAUACCAAGUAUGAACUUGUAUCUUCAACUCCUGUCGAUAGUAGGUGCUGCAUAACAUUACCCUAUGGCUGUUUAGUUGAUUAAUAUUGGUAAGGUUUACAUUGUAAGGGAAGCAAGGUCGGUAUAAAUAUACUGGUACUGACAGGAUAAGAAGAUAGUGUUUGAAAUCAAGGUAUUAAAUUCCAGACAAUCCAUAGGAAUACCAUCCAAUACUGUGAUCCAUAUUUGGAUCAGUGUUUGUUAUGUUGUGCAAUAUUUGUAUCCAUAUGAUAAAACAUUAUACUAAUGAUUGUAAACCAUAUCCCUUAGUCAGAUGUUGUGUAUGAUGGACUUGACAAUUACAACUGACCAUUAAUGAAUUUGUGCUUCUGGUGAAUGAGGGUUAAGUAACAGUUAAUGCUAUGGUUCAAACCAUUCUUCAUUUGAAAUAUUCACAUCCAGGUUUUUAUUAUGCUUAUUUCACAUUUUAUUCAAAUUCAUUUGAUUAAGUAAUGGUGUAAGGUACAAGAAAUGUGAAGGUUAUAUGAGUAUUUGCUGAAACAAUGCUUAAUCCCUUAUUUGCCAUUUAAUAUUACACUCUUGUAUGUAUGUUGUAGAAAACUUGUCAUAUAUUGUGUAGCUUUUAAUAGUACCAUCACUCCAUUAAAGUUCUUCAGAGGGUUUUGAGCUAAUGGUAAAAAAUAUGUACCAUUUUCUCCAGGGGUAGAAGGGGGUUUGAAAAUUCAAGGGUUAUAAAUUUACCUUUCAAGCAUUCUCAAUGAUCACACUGUGAUCAGAAUGUGCAGUACAAAUUAAUUCGAAGUUAAAUGUCAUCACUGCAUUUCACUAGUUAUUUUAUAGAUUAUUAGCAAUAGGUGUAUAUGGAUUUCUUUGAAAUAUGAGUAUGUUUUCUUGUAUGUUUUAUUACAUAUAUGUUUUCAAAAAUAAGAUUCUUCAUUGUAAGUGGUUCAGAUGUAAUAUGAUUGUGUUUUCAUGUUCAUCUUUUUUUCUUGCACCAUCCUUCAGUUGUGUUUAUGCAGGACUUUGCUAAAUUUCUGUAUGCUUUACUUUGUUUUACACUCAUUUUAUGUUCAAUUUGAACUUAAACAUUAAUAUAUUUCAUACAUUCUUAUGUAGAUAUUGUAAACAUUAUACAUAUUCAUUUUAUGAAAUCUAUUUUUUAGAGAAAAUCGUAAAUCUUUUGUAAAUAUCCAAUGUCACAUAUAUAAGCCAAUUUUAGGUCUAUUAAAAGCUGAAAUUG